GUGAGUCAGCGCGCAUUCUCUUACGUGCGCGCGCGAGUGUGUGUGUGUGUGUGUGUGUGUGUGUGUGUGUGUGUGUGUGCUGGGCUCCAGAGCGAGCAUCGCUGACAGACCCAACGGAUCGCUGCAAGCGCAGAUUAAUUAGCCCGGUUCGGAUCAGCCCGGCGCCGCACCAGCAUGUCGUCCGCCCCAGAAGUCCAGAACCAAGAACCGAACCAGGAGCCGCCGAAAGAGACGAACGCGGAGCAGAAACCGGAGGAGAAAGAGGCGCUGGGGGAAGAGAAGGAUGCGGCGAAGGAGGAGGGGAAGGUGGGAGAGAAGGAGGAGAAAACGGAGGAGAAAAAGGAGGAGAAGAAGAAAGAGGAGGAAGAGAAGGACAAGAAGAAGAAGGAGCAGAAAAAGGAGGAGAAGAAGGAGGAGAAGAAGGAAUCAUGGAAGGAUUUCAUCUACAACCCGCGGACCGGAGAGUUCCUGGGCCGAACCGCCAGCAGCUGGGGUCUCAUUUUCCUCUUCUACCUCAUCUUUUAUGGCGUCCUGACGGGAAUGUUCAUCCUCACCAUAUGGGUGAUGCUGCAGACGCUGGAUGACGCCGUUCCCCGGCACCAGGACCGCCUGGCCUCUCCAGGUCUGGUUGUUCGUCCUCAUGCUGUUGAGAUUUCCUACAACUGCUCGGAUCCAACUAAAUACAACCCGUACGUCCAGCAGCUGCACGACCUUCUGCAGCAGUACAACGACAGCAUCCAGGAGGGGAACGACUUGUGUCUGGUGGGCGAAUACACGGACCAGGAUGACCAGCCCAAGAAGAAGGUCUGCCAGUUCAAACGCAGCAAUCUGCGCCAGUGCUCUGGUUUGCCGGACGCCAGCUUUGGCUACGCUGAGGGGGAGCCCUGCAUCAUCAUCAAGCUGAACCGGGUCAUUGGACUGAAACCCGAAGGAGAUCCAUACAUCAACUGUACCGCCAAGAGAAACACCCCGCUGCAGAUGAUUUACUUCCCGCCUGAAGGUCGUCUGGAUAAGAUGUUUUUCCCGUAUUACGGCAAGAUCGCUCACCCGGAUUACGUCCAGCCGCUGGUGGCCGUCAAGCUGCUGCUAACUAAGGAGGACUACAACGUGGAGCAGACGGUGGAAUGUAAAGUGGAGGGAUCCAACCUGCGCAACAGCGACGAGCGGGACAAGUAUCUGGGUCGGGUCACUUUCCGGGUCAAAGUGUUUCAGUAAACGCUUGGUGCAAUUUUACACUGAAACUAAUUUUAAAUUCAGGAAACUUUUAGCCCAGACCUGAUCUGCUCCUGCAAGUCUGAAUCAACUGGAUCCAACAAUCAAAUCUGGACCGCCGAGGUUUAACGACACACUGCCAGAACCUCCGCAGCAUCCUCGUGGUUCAGCCCAGUUUAACAGAUAGCUCACCCGUUUCUGUUCUGCGCAGCUUAAAGAAGAAGAGCUGCGGUGGAUCCUGUUGAGGCGCUGGGAGCAGAUCAGGUCUGAUGUGGAAGCAUGUGAGCCCAGAGCACAUCAGUGUGUUGUUUUUAGACUUUUCUAUGUUAGUGAGAUAAUAAAAAGUAAUCUGAUUCCUAUCGUGAGUCGCAGGGCAGCGCAGCAGAGUCCGCCUGAGAUAGCAAACACUUUUCAUUAAAAGUCACAUGGUCAAAAAUCAAAGAAUAGUGCAAUAUUUUCCAUAAUUCUGACCGGGAUGUUCUGGUUCUGCAGCAGAACAAACAGAUAAUUCAUACUUACAGCAGGAAAGUAUCGCUUCUUAACUUUCUUUAGUUAAAAUCUCAGAAUGAACAUUAAUAUUACUAAUCCAUAGAAAUAACAAUAAGUGUGUUUCUAACCGGUGGAUAAAAAGCUUUGUUUAGAGUCAGGUUUGGAAAGCAAGCCACCUCGAUUCAGGAUACCGGGUCAGCAGAACCGGUGCUGCAGGAAGAACUGAGUCCUGAGUUAUUGCAGCUGAUGCUAAUGCUGAUUGCUAAGGGACGUGUCAGAUUGUAAUCUGGUUUUCUUGGAGUUGAGUUGUUUGAAAUACAACCCAGUGCAGUUAGUAGUGUAAAUCUGACCCUUAUCUGGCAAAAUGAAUUUAGGGGAAGCCAAGUGGGCUAAAUAUUUUCAAAGUUAGCAAAAGCAGUAAAGUGCUAAACAAACAACUUGCUCCCAUAUUAACAUAUUAGUGGGUUAAUAGAAGUGAUAAAAGGCUUCAUCCAAUCAUUAACCACGAGUGACAGGAAAAGUUGUUCUUGUUGAGAAUUUACCCAAAAAAUGUGGAAAAAUUUUGAAAUUCUGCCAGGGUACGAAAACUUAUGAGCUCAACUUCAACUUCAGCAGGCAGAUAAACAAGAAUCCUAACAAAAAGG